UAUGAAGUGAUAAGGAACAUAACUCCCCUGCGUUUGCCGGCCUCCAUUACUUUUGCAGCAGUUAAGUACGACUUCCAUUUUUCAUUUUUCCACCUAACUACACUCCACCACUGUUAACAACCAUAAAUAUAUAGCAUACACACAAAUAUUAUUAAUUUUCUGUAGUUGUAUACAGUUAAUCUUGGAAUUUUCUUGUUCUAAUUACGCAAUUAUUGUAAUUGUGUUUGAUUUAGAACAAUGACAUCUUCACAAUUUCUCCGCCGCUACACCGCAUUUGUUGUUUAGAGAUCAGCUUGAAAAACCCCAUUUCAAUCUUUUUAUUCUUCUGUUUGUUUGUUUGUUGAUGAAAAGAUUGAAAUGAAGAAGUUGAAAACCUAUUAUCUGCACCUUAGACACCCAACAACAAUCGAGAGGAAGUGGAUCUUUCCACUUGCUAUAGGUUCCAUUGUUUCCCUUUUUCUCUUGUUUCUAACAACCCUAACCUCACCAGAUGGAACUCCUCUUUUGCCCCUUUACCGUUACUAUUCAUCCUAUUCCGCAGCUAAUGUAUUUGUUGAAUCAAAGCUUAAACCUUUACCUAUCUCCACUGUUCCUCCACCCCCUCGCUUUGCCUACCUGGUUUCAGGUUCUGCCGGCGAUGGCAACAUGCUGAAGCGAACCCUUCAAGCUCUUUAUCACCCAAACAAUCAGUACGUAGUGCAUCUCGAUGCUGAAUCUUCACCUGAGGAACGUCUCGAUCUGCAUAACUUUGUUACCAAUCACCCAAUUUUUAUCCAAUUCAAGAAUGUUCGGAUGAUUACUAAAGCUAAUCUGGUGACCUACCGGGGUCCUACUAUGGUUGCUAAUACCCUUCACGCCGCUGCUAUUUUGCUCAAGGAAGCUGGGGAAUGGGAUUGGUUCAUUAAUCUCAGCGCCUCUGAUUACCCACUUGUUACUCAAGAUGAUCUGCUUCAUACAUUUUCGUAUUUGCCCCGGGAUCUUAACUUCAUUGAUCAUACAAGCAAAAUUGGAUGGAAAGAGUUCCAAAGGGCAAAGCCAAUUAUCGUUGAUCCGGGAUUGUAUGCGACUAAAAAGGCAGAUGUUUUCUGGAUUACACAGAGAAGAAGUGUGCCAACAGCUUUUAAGCUUUUUACUGGGUCUGCUUGGAUGGUCCUUUCUCGCUCUUUCAUUGACUUCUGCAUAUGGGGAUGGGACAACUUGCCCAGGACUGUUCUUAUGUACUACGCAAAUUUCAUCUCCUCUCCAGAAGGCUAUUUCCAUACUGUCAUCUGUAACGCUCAGGAGUUCCGCAAUACCACAGUAAACAGUGAUCUUCACUACAUAUCAUGGGAUAACCCUCCAAAGCAGCACCCUCAUUACCUUACAGUUGAAGACAUGCAAAAGAUGGUCGACAGUAAUGCUCCUUUUGCUAGAAAGUUCCAUAGGGAGGAUCCCGUGCUUGACAAAAUUGACUCUGACCUCCUAUUUCGAGGUAAAGACAGGCUUGUUCCUGGUGGGUGGUGCAUUGGAAGUCGGAAGAAUGGGACAGAUCCUUGCUCUGUCGCAGGUAAUAUCACCGCCCUCAAACCCACUUCAGGGGCAAAGAGGUUGGAGAAGUUGAUAGGAUCUCUUUUGUCAAAUGAUAACUUCCGACCCAAACAGUGCAUAUAGCAAAAAAACAUGCCUUAGAAAGUUGUUUUUCUUAAAUUUAUAGUCUUCAGAGGAAAGCAAGGAACAUCUGAAUGUAUCCAACCUGCAUUAAUGUUGUUUUCUGCAGAAAAGAAAAAAAUUAUAGAGUAUGCUCCAGUUGCACAAGGGCAUGUGUAUCUGUUCUUUGUUUCCUCACUCUAUGAAUCAGGUUGCCCUGCAUUAACAAAGGGUGCGAUGCCCUCAUUCUGAACUUGUCACUUAUUAGGAUGGAGCAUUUUGACACCAUGAGACCCUCGGAGGAGAGAAAUGUAUCAGGUUUCGUUUCCGCUUCACAUGUGAAACUACUGUGUAGUGUGAUAUUUUCUUUUUGUUAUAGGUUGUAGAACAAGAUUAAUUGGAGUCCCUUUUAUGAGGUUUGCACAUGAUUUAAUCCGGUAAAAAAUUAUCAUCUAUUUUAUACUU